CUGUCUCGCUCCUCCUGGCCAAAACUGUCGUGCUCCUCUAGUGCGCUUCAUUCAGAUGGAUAACUUCAGAAGCAUGGCUCUGCCAAACACUUCACUUUUACUGUUUGUUCUUCAUAUGUGCGCUCUUGCUUGGCAAGCUUGGGCGCUAGUGGAUCUUAGGAUGGAGGACUCUGUAGAGGUUUACAUGGAUGAGUCUGCAGAGAUCCCCUGCCUGUACGCCUUCACUGAGAAGCCCAUGAUGGUCAUGGUCCAGUGGUUUGUGCGGGAACGUGAAGGUCACCGGGUCAGGAUCUCCUACAGCGACCUGACCAUGCAGAAGGUGGACGAGAACACGAGCUACAGCAAUCGUAUCAGUGUGCGAUCAAACAGUGAUGGAGAAACUCUGACCAUUCAGGACGUUAAGCUGUCUGAUGAAAGAGAGUUUUUCUGUCAGGUCAGUGGUUUGGCAGCAGGCAAUGGAGAGGGCAGGACUCUCUUGAAGGUUUUUGACCCCCCAGAGCCUCCUGUCAUUGACGGUGUCCUCUCUGGAGUUUCUGUGUCCGGUGACUCCCCAGCUAAGAUUGCAUCUUGUGAGACCAGAGAAGGCUUUCCCAAGCCAAACAUCACAUGGUACCGUGAUCACAUCCCCAUCCACCCCAUUAGUGGCUUGGUGAACGUGGUAACGCUAGUGACGAAGGAAUCCAGUGGUCUAUAUACAGUGCAGAGUGAAUUGCAUUAUAAGGUGACCAAGGAAGACAAAGACGCCCACUUUUCCUGUGAAGUCAGCUAUUUUGUCCCAGGAGCUGUCAGGACAUCCGAGUCCAAAGGCAUCAAUAUUACAGUUCAUUAUCUGGACCCAGCUGUGGUGGUGCCCAAAGACUCUGAGGUCAUGCUGAAAGGAGAGAGUCUGACAGCCACCUGCAAUGCCCUGUCGUCUUUAGAGACAUCUACUGUGUGGUUUAAGGAUGGGAUUGAGGUUGGAAGGGGACACAUAAUGCAGCUGCAGGAUGCCACGUUUGACACAUCUGGACAGUAUGACUGUGAGGUGACUGUACCGUCUCUUCCAGGCCUGCUGACCAGCGGUUCUGUCCAUAUCAUCGUACAAGGCGCCCCUCAGAUGAAGGAUGCGGAGAGGGAGAUUGAGCUGAUGGAGAAAGUCGGGGGUUGGGUGAAUUUGAGCUGUGAGGUGGGAGGUUACCCUAGACCCGCCAUCACCUGGAGCAUCACCGGCAGUCAGUCUCAGAGCUGGCGUGAGGUGGUUAAAAGAGAGACGGAGGAUCAAGUCCACAGCGUUGUGAUGCUUAAAGUUACCACUGACACGGUUGCUGUCUGCAAUUCAACAAAUGACUUUGGAAUAGAGACCAAGACUUACAGCAUCAGGAGCAUUCCAUUCUCCCAGACUCCAACGGCUAGAAAAACCUCAGCUGAUAAUAGUGGAGUGAUUAUUGUGGUGAUCAUUGUCAGCAUCCUGUUGCUGGCCAUCCUGGGCAGUGUCUUUUACUUCCUGUAUAAAAAGGGCAAGUUACCCUGUGGACGCUCAGGCAAGCAAGAAAUCACCAAGGAGAAGACUAACAAAGAGGACAUCGUCGUAGAGAUGAAGGCAAAAAAGACGGAGGAGUCCGUGCUAUUGAAGGGCGUCAAUGGGGAAAAGAAACCUCCCAAUGACCAGAGCAGUGCCCUUAGCUCAUAAGUGAAGACUUGUGGGCAACUAAAGAUGGCUUCUGUACCUCCCUGCUGACCCAACAAUCAAGUCUUAAGAGCUGGAGGACCUCUUGUGAAGCAGCCACCUCCUCUGGAUAAAGUGGACUGUACUUUUGUGUCUCGUGUGUGAGCAGCAGUAUCCAUGCUUGGAUAAAUGAGACGUAAGCGAUAAAGGAAGAUUGUUCUCUGUUUUCUACUGUUCUCCAUUGUUUUUCUUCAACCAUCGACCA